UACAACACGACAUCUCAAAACUCAACUCUGCAGCUCAGAAGACACCUUGUGCUCAAGAUGCUUUCCACCCUUGUCCAUAACACCAAGAAAAUUCCUGAACUAUCAAGACACAUUCACAAGUCGGCUGCGAAAGUGGUUAUUGGAAACCAGUUGGAAGACACGGUGACAAACAGUUUUGCAUCAUUUGUUAAUGGGACACGCCCAGAGCAUCUGUCUGAUGUCGUCCGCCACAGAAGUAAACGUAUGAUACUGGACAACAUUGGCGUGGGACUGGUUGGCAGCAGAACACAUGUCUUUAACAUUGUGCUGAAAUACUGCCAGGACCUACAUUUCUCGGCUCAUGGCAAUACUACCCUCUGUUCAGUCUUUGGCCAAAAAGGUUUGAAGCUCUCACCAACCCUGGCAGCCUAUGCCAAUGGAGUUGCUGUUCACUCCAUGGACUUUGAUGACACAUGGCAUCCUGCCACUCAUCCAUCAGGCGCUGUGCUUCCUGCCAUUCUGGCUCUGUCUCAGAUGCUUUCACAUGCCAGAAGAGUCAGUGGUGAGGAGCUCCUGACAGCUUUCAAUGUGGGCAUUGAAAUACAAGGAAGACUGAUGAGUUUUUCUAGUGAGGCAAAGAAUAUUCCUAAAAAGUUUCAUCCACCUUCUGUUGUUGGCACCAUGGGAAGUGCAGCAGCUUCAGCCAAGCUCCUUUCAUUAAACAAAGAUCAAUGCACCCACGCCCUGGCAAUUGCAGCCUCUCUCUCUGGUGCUCCAAUGGCAAAUGCUGCCACUCUAGCCAAGCCAUUACACAUUGGUAAUGCGACUAGGUUAGGUCUUGAAGCCGCCAUUCUGGCUGCUAACGGUAUGGAGGCCAACUCUCUCAUACUUGAUGAGGUACCUGGCUGCUCUGGUUUUAGUGCUUUUUAUAGUGACUACCAGCCUAAGGCUCUCACCUCACCAGGAAAGCAGUAUGAGUUUCUUCUUGAGAAGCAAGACAUUGCUUUCAAGUCUUUUCCAGCACAUUUAGGAAUGCACUGGAUAGUUGAUGCUGCUGUUUCAGCGAGAAGCAGGUUUGAAGAGCAAUAUGGAUCAUUUGACCCAUCCACUAUCCAGACAAUUGUUCUUAGAAUUCCAGUCUCUAAAUACAUUAACCGACCCUAUCCAGAUUCAGAACAUCAGGCUCGUCACUCCUUCCAGUUCAAUGCCUGCACUGCACUGUUAGAUGGUGAAGUAAAUAUCAGGUCUUUCCAUGAAGACCAAAUAUUGCGUAAAGAAAUCCAUAACCUGCUGAGCAAAGUUGAAGUGGAACACCCACAAGACAAUGAAGCCAACUUUGACCAGAUGUAUGGAGAAGUGGUCCUGCUGCUGAAAAAUGGAGACGUGAUGAUUGAAAAAUGUCACACUUUUUAUGGGCACUGGAGAAAACCUCUGAGCCGAGAAUCUCUACUGAAGAAAUUUUUGUCCAAUGCUAGACACGUCCUACAGGAGGACCAAAUUGAAGGUGUAAUACAGAUGGUAGAAAAUCUAGAAAGUGUCACAGACAGCUCACAGUUACCACAUCUGCUCCAGUAAAUUUUCAAAAGAAAAUUAUUUUAUUAUAUGCAAUAUGUUGCAGUUAAAAAGGGGACAAGAAAAAAUUUCAAUGCACCAUAUGCAAGGAGCUGAAAAUGCAAAGCAAGAGCCUGCCCUGUUUCUGUUAAGUCUGCAAGAAAAUGUGGAUGCGACACGGACCACAUCUGUAUCUUGCAGAUCCGGCAGUGUGAAUGCAUACUUGGAAAGUUUUCUUGUAAUUACUGGGGUUUUUAAAGAGUACACUUGAACUACCAUAUGCAAUAUUUGUAUAAUCCUAUGUAAAGGAUAUUGUUUAUAUGUUAAUUAAGUCUUGAUGAUAUUUAUGUAUAUUUAUAUUUAAAUGUAUUCAAUGUUGUUCGGUUGUUGCAUGUGAUUCCAUGUAUUUCCAGGUCUUUCACUGGAAAUUGUCCUAAGAAUGUGACAAGUCUGAUUAUCCUGUAUGGGGGUGACUGCCACUGACUGUGAAAGCUGCUGCAAGCAAUAUUCUCUCACUCACAGGUCUGCUGAUUUGCGCACAUCAUGCAAUUUAAGGGGAAGUUCAUCCUCCACAACUAAUUUAUUGUUGGUCUAAUGCAUAAUUAAAAACGAAGAAACUUUUCAAAUAAUCUUGAUUAAUAAUAUCCUAACAUUUUGUGUCAGCUACCUUCUAGACCUCUAUGUUCGCUCUUCCAUUAGGAGCCUCCAUCAGUAGUUUAGAUUAGCGCAGCGUGUAGCACCAUUCUGUCCAAACAACUGAAACCUUGUCAAAAGUAUAAUUCAAUGGGGUCCAUUGAGUACCACUUAAAUUCUUUGUAUGUUCGGUCCAGAAGUGAGCAGAACUUAACUUCUGCAGUAAUUUAUCUAUAUUUAGAGGUGAAGGGAAUUCGAUUUAUGAUUCAUCGGCUUGUGUGGAGUCUUGGAAUGUUAGUGAACUCUGCUGAAUUAUGUAAACCAAUCACAGUGCUCUGCUGUAUGAUAGCUCAGCCUUGCUGAAGGUACCUACUAUGACUUCAACUGCCCUGUACAUUAUUUGUGAA